CGGCCCAAGAACAAAAGAACAAAGAAGCAGAUUUGACUAUUUCUUGUAAAAAAAUCGACAUAAUUUCCUCGCCAAAACGAAACGAAGCCAAUUAUUGAGACCAAAAACAGAAAGCAAAAAAAACACCAAAUUAUUACUUCUUUAUCUCCUUUCCUUCCUCAUCUGCCGUUGUUCUCAUUUCUGUCCGUAUCCAUCUCCUACAUCAAUCUCUUGAUCGCCAUCGUUGGAAGGCGUGCCCGCAUUUUCUAUCUCGGAUAUUCCCGAGAAACAAACAGAAAACAAAAAGAGCUUACGGAGCCUGACCUCACUAGAUAAAAAUCACGCCAACUACUCCCAAUCCAACACACGAAAGCAACACUCACGAGACCAAUCGAGUUUCAACUGAGACAUACCAGAAGCUCCUCCUAUGGAUUCAACGCCAGCUCAACGUCGCCUUCAAGCCAUUCACGGCCACCUCACCACCGCCGCCGUCGACUCUGAGUCUCUUCUCCGGCCAAACCUCACCGCCGGCGAGUUUGUUUCCGAGCAAGGGUACAGUGUGGUGCUUCCAGAGAAAUUACAGACAGGAAAGUGGAAUGUAUACAGAUCUGCACGCUCCCCAUUGAAGCUUGUUAGUAGAUUCCCUGAUCAUCCUGAAAUUGGUACACUGCAUGAUAAUUUCGUGCACGCAGUUGAUACUUUCCGAGAUUACAAAUAUUUGGGAACACGAAUUCGGGUUGAUGGAACAGUUGGAGAAUACAAAUGGAUGACAUAUGGAGAAGCAAGUACUGCACGGUCAGCAAUAGGUUCUGGCCUAAUUUAUCAUGGAAUACCAAAGGGCGCUUGCAUUGGGUUGUAUUUUAUCAACAGACCUGAGUGGCUCAUUGUUGAUCAUGCUUGCUCUGCAUAUUCGUACAUAUCAGUUCCUUUAUAUGACACUCUAGGUCCAGAUGCUGUCAAGUACAUUGUAAAUCAUGCUGUUGUACAAGUUAUAUUUUGUGUGCCUGAAACAUUGAAUAGUUUGUUGAGCUUCUUGGCGGAUAUGCCAACUGUACGCUUGAUUGUGGUUGUUGGCGGUAUAGAUGAUCAAAUACCAUCACUUCCAUCAUCAACUGGAGUGAAGGUUGUAACAUAUUCAAAAUUGCUUAGUCAGGGACGUAGUAGUCUUCAGCCUUUUUUCCCACCAGAACCGGAAGAUGUUGCAACAAUAUGCUACACAAGUGGUACAACUGGCACCCCAAAGGGAGCUGUAUUGACACAUGGAAACUUGAUUGCAAAUAUUGCUGGGGCCACUAUGGCUAUCAAAUUCUACCCGUCUGACGUCUACAUAUCAUAUCUUCCUUUGGCGCAUAUUUAUGAACGUGCUAACCAGGUCAUGACAGUAUAUUUUGGGGUUGCUGUUGGAUUCUACCAAGGGGAUAAUUUGAAGCUAAUGGACGAUAUGACUGCUCUAAGACCUACCAUCUUCUGCAGUGUUCCUAGGCUGUAUAACAGAAUAUAUGCUGGAAUUACAAAUGCAGUAAAGACAUCCGGUGUGCUGAGGGAGAGGCUAUUUAAUGCUGCUUACAAUGCCAAGAAGCAAGCAUUAUUAAGUGGCAAAAAUCCAUCCCCCAUGUGGGACAGAUUGGUAUUCAAUAAGAUAAAGGCUAAGCUAGGAGGACGGGUUCGUUUCAUGGCAUCAGGUGCUUCACCCUUGUCUCCUGAUGUCAUGGAAUUUUUAAGGAUAUGCUUUGGUGGUGAAAUAAGUGAAGGAUAUGGAAUGACGGAGACUUCUUGUGUUAUUAGUUCUAUGGAUGGGGAUGACAACCUAUCUGGCCAUGUUGGCUCUCCUAAUCCAGCUUGUGAAAUAAAGCUUGUUGAUGUACCCGAGAUGAACUACACGUCGGAGGAUCAACCCUAUCCUCGUGGUGAAAUCUGUGUCAGGGGUCCUAUUAUUUUCCAAGGCUAUCACAAAGAUGAAGUGCAGACGAGAGAAGUGGUCGAUGAAGAUGGAUGGCUUCAUACUGGAGAUAUUGGGCUGUGGUCACCAGGAGGUCGUCUGAAAAUCAUUGAUAGGAAGAAGAACAUUUUCAAGUUGGCACAAGGAGAGUAUAUAGCUCCAGAGAAAAUUGAGAAUGUUUAUGCCAAGUGCAAGUUUGUUGCCCAGUGCUUUGUCCAUGGUGACAGCCUAAAUUCUUCUUUGGUAGCAAUUGUCUCAGUUGACCCAGAUGUCUUGAAAGCAUGGGCUGAUUCUGAAGGCAUUAAGUAUCAAGAUUUAGGGCAACUAUGCAAUGACCCUAGAGCAAGGGCAGCUGUAUUGGCUGAUAUGGAUGCCCUUGGCAGGGAAGCUCAGUUGAGAGGUUUUGAAUUUGUGAAAGCUGUGACACUGGUGCUUGAACCAUUCACGCUAGAGAAUGGUCUGCUCACUCCAACAUUCAAGAUCAAGAGACCUCAAGCAAAGGAAUACUUUGCAAAAGAGAUAUCAACUAUGUAUUCAGAGCUCUCGACUUCCGAUCCCGCCCCUUCAAAACUUUAAGUGAUAGCAUGAGGAUCAGCUAAACUGAUGUUCUCAGCCAGCCGCAAAAGAAUUCAAAGAAAAAUAUGGAAAAAGGAAAAAGGAGUGACACGUAUAGGAUGGAAAAAAGAAAUAACAAAAGCAACCGAGUAGAGAAAGGAUGCCAAGCCAAGCCACGCCAAGCAUCAGAGAUU